GGAAAAAAGCAAGUUCUCGGAGCAAGCGUUACCAUGGAAACAAGAAACUAACAGUCAUUUGAAGCCCGAACUACGCCCGGUAAAAAUAUAUUCACUGGAACUUUUAACACACUGAAGAUUUUUUCCCCCCUCCAAAACAAUGGCGCUUGUUCCGAUUGGUGACUCAACACAUGAUAGAACGUCAACAGCCAUUCAAAUUGAAUCAGGAGGCACCGAUACACCAGCUCGAGUUGGCACAAUACCCGAUGGACAUGGAGAAAAGAAAGAACACGGAAAGCAGUCAGGGCCUCGGAUGACCAAGACAUUUUUAAAAGACCACUGUAAGCAGCACAAACUCUACUCCACGCCAGGCCUGAACGACACCCUCUAUCUGCAUUUCAAAGGUUUUGCCACCAUCGAAAAUCUCGAGGAGUACACAGGUUUGAGGUGCCUUUGGUUAGAAAGUAAUGGUCUGCAACAGAUUGGUAACCUAGAUGCACAAGUUCAUCUUCGUUGUCUCUUUCUUCAGCAGAACCUUAUCCACAAGCUAGAAAAUCUUGAACCUCUUAAAAGCCUGUGCACUCUAAACGUUUCCAAUAACUACAUACAGACAAUUGAGAAUAUUUCAUGCCUACCUAACCUUACUACGCUGCAGAUUGCCCAUAACAGACUGGAAGAAAUUGGGGACAUAGAGCACCUGAGUAAAUGUCCAUCCAUUAGUGUGCUGGAUCUGUCUCACAACCUUUUAAAUGAUCCUGGCAUUCUUCAUGUGCUUGAAGUCAUGCCGGAUCUACGAGUUCUUAACUUGAUGGGAAAUGAAGUUGUGAAAAAGAUCUCCAACUACAGAAAGACCCUGAUUGUCCGCCUUAAGAAUCUUACCUUCCUUGAUGACAGGCCUGUUUUCCCCAGAGACAAGGCAUGUGCAGAGGCUUGGUUACUUGGUGGAACUGAGGGGGAACGAAAAGAAAGAGAACAAUGGAACACUCAAGAAAGGAGAAAAAUUCAGGAAGGCUUGGACGCACUGGCACUGAUUCGAAAGAAAGCCCAAGAAAGACUACACCUAAAAAAUGUUGAGAGAGACGGAACGGAGACAUUAAUCAAUACUGAGGCUUCUUGUUUGGAACCACCUCAUGAGAAAAUACAAGUAUUUGUUCAAGAUGCCUUGGAUGCCCAAGAGGACUUUUUACAAAACCAAACAAAACAGCAUGCCUACAAAGAGGAAGAAAAGCAAGAUUUUGAAGCCAAUGAAUAUGGGGAGUUAUGCAAAGAAACACUGGAGGAACAUAAUGGAGAAAAGACAGAGCGUGUGGUUUUAGGGAAUGAUGCAUGCAAACAAGAAAACAUGGAACACCACCUACUUCCUUUGGUGAUAGGUGCUUCUUCUGAAUCAUCACGUUAUCCUGGGCCACUUGUGACUGAACUGGUCAAUGCAGAGAAGUUGGAAACCAUUCCACUAAUUGCCCCAUUACAUGUUGACAAUCUGCCUGACCUGGAGGAUCUGGAGCCAAUAAACAUCUCAGAAAUGUCUUCCUCAGAGAUGAUGUUGAGACCAACAACAGAAGUAGUUUUAGGAAAGGAUGCAAGUAGACGAGAAAACAUGGAACACCAGCUAGUGGAGAGAGGUGCUUCUUCAAAAUCAUCACAUGGUCAUGAGCCACUUGUGACAGAACUGGUGAAUGCAGGCCAGUUUGAAGCCAUUCCACCGACUGCCCCCCUAAAUGUUGACGAUCUUCCAGACCUGGAGGACAUGGAGCCUGAAAACAUCUUUGAAGAUAUGUCUUUGUCCAUGAUAUCAAGACCGAGAAUUAAUGUGAUCUCAGGGGAGGGCUAUGAGGAUGACUCGGUCAGAAAAAAUAGCCUUUGUAGUGUAGAUCAUUCUAUAUUUUCAAUGUGCAAAUCAGUCAAAGCUUCUGCUCCAUCAUUAAUCCAUCCAGAAUAUGAGGAUGCUAUAGAACCGGAUACAAAAUCCAACUCAAGUCAUAAUUCGUUUCCACCACGUUGCUUGAUUGAGGAGCUUUAGACACACAGACAUAUAAUACUUUUUUUAUUUUUUAAAAUGUAAAUUCAGCACACACAACCUUGAAUGCUGGAAGCAAUUUGAUUUAGUGAAACUUGACUUGAAAGGUUGAAUUAACAAUUGUAUGGAGUUCCUUUUGUCUACACUUUUAGAUUAGUGGAAUUUUUUUUUUUUUUAAUUCCAGACAAUUGUUUUAGGUUGUUUUAUUUACCUGACAUGUUUCGGCAACUACUUUCGCUUUCAUCAGAGUGUCCAGUAACUUUCUCUUAAUAGUUGUAUUGAGUUCAUGUUGUCUACAAUUACAGAUUAGUUGAAUUUUUCUUUGUCUACACUUAGAUUAGUUGAUUUUUUCUUUUGACCCAGACCAUUAGCGACUACCUCCGCCUUCAUCAGAGAAGUAUACUCGGAUGAAGGCGGAAGUAGUCGCCUAAACAUGUCAGGUAAAUAACCUAAAACAGUUGUCUGGGAUAAAAGGAAAAUUCAGCUAAGGUUGAAUUACCACUUUGAAAGAAUGUCAACAUUCACAAUGUUAAUGAGUCAUUUCUCAUUUAAUUUGAAAUAAA